AGGCGAGAGCAGCUUCUGGAAGUGGGGAGACGCUGCGUGAGGAGCCCUCAGCGACUCCAGUCCAGUCUCGGCGCGGGGUACCCUGGAGGCGGACCGAAGGCUGGCCGAGGACUCUGCCCACCGCUGGCGCGGGGAGGAGAGCGAGAACCGCCUAAGCCGGGUGUACCUUUCGCGCCCUGCGUUCCCAGCCUGGCUCUCAGCCCGCGGCGCUGAAAAAGGGGCGGGGGAUCGGAGUUGGCGGGGAGAUCCAGGUGAAGUAGGUUUCUCUGCAGAUCCAGCGCCGUUGAACCCUGCGAACGCACACUUUUUGAAACAUGAAGAAAUUAAGGCUUAAGGAACUAGAGAGUCACCUGCAACAAGUGGAUGGAUUCGAAAAGCCCAAGCUCCUUCUAGAACAGUAUCCAACCAGGCCGCACAUUGCAGCAUGUAUGCUCUAUACAAUUCAUAACACAUAUGAUGACAUUGAAAAUAAAGUGGUUGCAGAUCUAGGAUGUGGCUGUGGAGUGCUUAGCAUCGGAACUGCAAUGCUGGGAGCAGGGUUGUGUGUUGGAUUCGACAUAGAUGAAGAUGCGUUGGAAAUAUUUAAUAGGAAUGUAGAAGAGUUUGAGUUAACAAAUGUUGACAUGGUUCAGUGUGAUGUGUGCUCAUUAUCUAACAGAAUGUCCAAGUCAUUUGAUACAGUAAUUAUGAAUCCUCCCUUUGGGACCAAAAAUAAUAAAGGGACAGAUAUGGCCUUUCUGAAGACUGCUUUGGAAAUGGCAAGAACAGCAGUAUAUUCUUUACACAAAUCCUCAACUAGAGAACAUAUUCAAAAGAAAGCUGCAGAAUGGAAAAUCAAGAUAGAUAUUAUUGCAGAGCUACGAUAUGACCUGCCGGCAUCAUACAAGUUUCAUAAAAGGAAAUCAGUAAGUCUCUUGAUUCUGGUUUAUCUACAUUCAGUACUGAAAAACUUCACAGUAAGUAAUUAUUUCUAAUGUUAUCAAGUUGCUUGAGUGAAUACAGAAAGCCAGCCUAGAAGAUAAGUACUUAACUCUGGGAUGGGCCUAUAACCACAACAGCCAAUAUGCUGGUUUAAGAUAAAUUCUCAAAUACUUUGGGCACAAAAAUAAAAAAUAAACUUAUUUUAUUUUUAUGCAGUAUACAUUUUAUUACUUUGUACUAAUACAGUCUCAUAUUACAAAGGCAAUUUAGUGGAAGAAUGUUUCUUUUGAUAUUUGAAUAAUCUGAAAGAACACAAACAGAAUUAUACAUAAAAAAAUACUCAUUUUGAUAACAAUAACA